UGAUUCUAACCUAAAAAUCUUCAUUGCAGAAAAAUUGUUUAUUCAUCCAUCAAAACUUUUAUAUCAAUUGGUAUUUUGCAAAUAUUACAAAGAAAAUGAGUUUAGCUGAGUUAUGUGGCAUGCCGGAAUACGGCUUGUAUAAAACCGAUAAAAGUGCGGACGACGAUAUCGUCCAAUUUUGUAAAAACUUCUCGAGCAAUAUCCAGCUUGGUGUACCCCCAUUUGCCAAGCCUGAAAACCUCUCGCAACUAGGCAAAGAUGACUUUGGCAAAGACAUCAAAAUCCAAUUCGACCAUGGAACUACCACCUUGGGCUUUAUGUAUAAAGGGGGCGUGGUACUAGCAGUGGACUCCCGUGCCACCGGUGGUCAGUUCAUCGGUUCGCAAACCAUGAAAAAAAUCGUCGAAAUCAACGAUUUUCUGUUGGGCACUUUGGCGGGGGGCGCAGCCGAUUGCGUUUACUGGGACAGAGUGUUGGCCAAGCAAUGUCGCAUGUACGAACUGAGAAAUCGUGAGAGGAUUUCGGUGGCCGCAGCCUCAAAACUUAUGUCCAACAUGGUGUACAAUUAUAAAGGAAUGGGGCUCAGUAUGGGCAUGAUGUUGGCUGGAUGGGACAAAAGGGGACCUCAGCUGUAUUAUAUUGACUCAGAAGGCACCAGAACCCCGGGUAAAGUGUUCAGCGUUGGUUCUGGUUCCAUUUACGCUUUUGGCGUGUUGGACUCUGGUUAUAAAUGGGAUUUGACCGAUGAGGAGGCUUACGAUCUGGGUCGCAGGUCUAUUUAUCAUGCCACACACAGAGAUGCUUAUUCCGGUGGUAUAGUUAGGGUCUACCAUAUGAAACAAACCGGAUGGGUUCACAUAGACAACAACGAUUGUAAUGAUUUGCAUUACAAAUACCAAGCGGAGAAGGAGGAUAUUGAGAAUAAAGUUUAAAUAAGUUUCCUGUUUACCUUAUAUGUAAUCUUUCUUCAAUAAAA